GUGUGUGCAUGUGUGUGUGUGUGUGCGCGCGCGCGUGUGUGCCUGUAAGUGCCCGUGCUCCGUGACAAGUUAUGCGGAACUUGUGCCUCCUCCUCGGCAUGUCUGUGUUGUGGCUUCCUACUUACUGAAACUUCUUAAAGCAGGUUCACACCGAGACAGCGCAGCGCUUUUGUAAGCAGACAGUAACAGUAAAUGUCUGUGCUGCGAGGCGGGAGGUCAGCACGCAACGUUACCUACAAGGAUGAAUGCGACAGAGCGCAGGAGAUGACACCAAAUUAGAGUGGAAAGAUUAUAACUAUGAAUCUAUUACAGCAUUAUUGUUGGUCAGUGUUGAUAUGAAGUGGACGUGAGUGCUUUUUAAAAAAAAUAUCUCUUGUUUUACUUUUUUCGCUUCUUGAUUGUUUUUUAUUUUCCGCGUGAGGCUAAACUAGCUUGAUAAAAAUGAAGUUUAACGGUUAUCUGAAGCUCCGGAUCGGCGAGGCGGUGGACCUGAAACCGACAACCUUCUCCCUCCGUCACUCUAUCAUCUUCAACAAAGCUUCUCCAGCCCUAGACCCCUACAUUGUGGUGAAGGUGGACGACUGCAAAAUUGGACAAACUCACACCAAACAGAAAACCAACACGCCGACGUUCAACGAGGAGUUCUGCCUCAACGUGAGCGACGGUAAACAAAUCGAGCUGGCGGUUUUCCACGACACUCCGAUAGGAUAUGAUGACUUUGUGGCCAACUGCAUCAUUCAGUUUCACGAUCUCAUCAAAACAUCCAACACAGGAGAGACUUUCGAGGGAUGGAUGGACUUGGAGCCAGAGGGCAAGGUUUACAUCCAUAUUGCACUCACUGGAUCCUUCACUGAUGACGACGCCAUAGUAAAAGAGAAGACCUACAAGCAGUUUACAAGGAAGCGGCAGGGGGCUGUGAGACGGAGGAUCCACCAAGUCAACGGACACAAGUUCAUGUCCACUUUCCUCCGUCAACCCACCUUCUGUUUUCACUGCAAAGAGUUCAUAUGGGGUGUUUUUGGAAAGCAGGGUUAUCAGUGCCAAGUGUGUACCUGUGUGGUUCACAAACGAUGCCACCAGCAGGUCGUCACUGUGUGUCCACGCAUGAAGAAGCCAGCAAAAGAACAGCCCAUAAACCAAGGCUUCAGCAUCAACAUCCCUCACAAGUUCAACAUCCACAACUACAAGUCGCCCACCUUCUGUGACCACUGUGGCUCUCUGCUGUGGGGAAUAGUCAGGCAGGGGCUGCACUGUAAAAUCUGUAAAAUGAACGUUCACAUCCGCUGCAGAGGCAAUGUCGCUCCCAACUGUGGGGUCAACAGUGUGGAACUGGCCAAUAAGCUCGCAGAGAUGGGUCUGCAGGCUGAAGGACUCGCUAAACGCAACUCUGUGUCCAAAAGUGCAGGUCAGAGGGCGCCCUCUGAACGGAAGGAGAGUACGGAAAGUCAGCAGCAGACCUCUCGGCUGGGCAUCUCAGACUUCACGUUCCUUCAAGUCCUUGGAAAGGGCAGCUUUGGCAAGGUGAUGCUGGCGAAACUAAACAGCAAAGAUCGGGUUUUUGCAGUCAAGGUGUUAAAGAAGGACAUCAUUUUGCAGGAUGAUGAUGUGGAGUGUACCAUGACGGAAAAGAGGGUGCUGUCACUGGCCCGCUGUCACCCCUACCUCACACAGUUGUACUGCUGCUUCCAGACAUCGGACCGCCUCUUCUUUGUGAUGGAGUUUGUGAAUGGUGGCGAUCUUAUGUUCCACAUCCAGAAGUCCAGGAAGUUUGAAGAGCCUAGAGCAUGUUUCUACACCGCAGAGAUCACCUCCGCUCUCAUGUUCCUGCACAGCAAAGGCAUCAUCUACAGGGAUCUAAAACUGGACAAUGUUCUUCUUGACAAAGAUGGUCACUGUAAGCUUGCAGACUUUGGCAUGUGCAAAGAGGGCAUAUUUGAAGGCGUGGCCACAGGAACUUUCUGUGGGACCCCGGAUUACAUUGCCCCCGAGAUCCUGCAGGAGAUGCUGUAUGGGCCCUCUGUUGAUUGGUGGGCUCUCGGGGUGCUACUGUAUGAGAUGCUGUCAGGACACGCCCCCUUCGAGGCCGAAAAUGAAGAUGACCUCUUUGAGUCCAUCCUCAAUGAAGAGAUUGUUUAUGCGUCUUGGCUCAGCAAAGAGGCAGUGAAUAUACUCAAAGCUUUCUUGACCAAAAACCCAGCCCGGCGUCUGGGCUGUGUGGCCUCAGAGGGCGGAGAGAGCGCCGUGACCAGCCACGCCUUCUUCACUGGCAUCAAUUGGGAGAAGCUGAAUCGUAGAGAAAUGGAGCCACCCUUCAAGCCCAGAAUCAAAACACCAGAGGACGUCAACAACUUUGACCCAGAUUUUACUCAGGAAGAGCCCACCCUCACGCCCAUUGAUGACCCUCUGAUCCCUUCCAUCAACCAGGAAGAGUUUCAUAACUUUUCCUUCACUUCGCCUGAACUGCUGGAGAGCCAAGAGUCUCCUCAUUGAUCCACCAUUCAUCCUACACUCGUCUCAUUCUCUAUGGCUUUGUCUAAGACGCUACGGACAGUACGAGGCUGUCACAUUCCCCAGAGACAUGAGGGUGCAAAGUGCCAAGGAGUCACCCAAACACAUGCUCAACAAGAACCAGGGCUGCACCUGAUGAACUCUCAAGCAUUCCUGUGAUCCCAGAAAAAAUGGCGUGAUUAGCUUUUAAAAUUACAUUUAGUUUUGACUAUGUUACAGCUUGAGUGGGACGCAUUCAUGCAAGUGUCUUUGUGGAAAUGGUCUAUUUGACAUGUUGAUGUGUUUUAAACUUGUUUGACAAAGGUGUACAACGUUAGAAUUUUAUUGUACAUUUGCUUCCAGUUACUUCAAAUGAAAAAGCACUUUUUAGAGCAUAAA